CCCCCACCAACCCACCACUACCCAACCACCAAGAUGCAAAUCAACGGUUUAGGUCGUCCCGCUAUCCCUCCCGUUUCGAGCACAGACUUGGAUGCAGGAAAGCAAUGGGUGAUCAACUACUACACCGCCUUCGACACCAAUGAUCCUUCCUUUGCGUCGACAUUCUACACAAGAAAUGCAGUCCUCUCUUUUGGAAGCGCCGAGGCCAGAGGGACCGCCGGAAUUACAAGCACCCUUCAGUGGUUGUUCAAUGCGACGAAUAGGAUUGACCACAGUAUCCGUGCCAUCCAUGUCCUACACGAGCAACUUCUGGUGCAAACACAGGCCACAUACACCUUCUACAGGGGAGAACCGCGGCAGAUAGACUGUAUGACAGUCUUCCACAAGGCGCCGUCGCAUGAGAAAGCGACCCGCGCCUACGUUUACGCAGAUUUCACAUCCUUGUUCGCCAAGUUCACAACCAUUGCCGGUCCCCGACCUUCGUGAGCGCUAGAUCGCUUCCUAAUUUAUUUUCAUUCCACUCUGCACACCGACCAUGGUCGGGCGUUAUCAAGUUUCAUUAUCAUUUACCUACUGGCAUUGUAUACCCCCUGGUAAUUCCGUUCUAAUUUGACUUUUGAACAUC